CAAGUUUGUGGACCUGUGUGUGUACCUACAUAUCUGAACUGGUUCAAAUAUCCAGCAGUUCUAGGAGUUGCCACGCCAUUGCGUUGCAAAGGGAAAAUUUGUUUCGGAAGGCCUGUUGUUUACAAUUUAGUGCUUUGCUUGUAGUGCGUGAAAGAGAGAAAAUACCUCAGAUUACGCCAAAGUCCAUAGUAGCUGCAAUUAAAGCAAGGAGGAUACAUCAUAAUAACUACAUUUAUAUACAAUGAAUUCUGAUUCGACAAAAAAAAAAUCUACAGUUACAGUAAAAACUACUACAACCAUAACAGAAACUGUAACUGCUGAAAAUGCUUCAUCUCCUACAAAACCUACGAAGAGAACCAAUUUUAAACCUGCAUGUACAGCAAAAGCUACUCACACUCCAAAGCCUCCAGCUGCCAGUAAGCCUACAAAUGUUGCAAAAGUUCCACCAGCAAUGAAAGCUGCUGGACAUCCACCAAAACCAAAAGCUGCUGGACAUCCACCAAAACCAAAAGCUGCAGCAGUACAAACAUCUGGAACCACAGUGCAAGCUAGAACUGUGUCUACUACUGUGCAGAAAGUAACUACUGUAAAAUCACAGCAGAACCGUUGGUGACAUGAAGUAAGCAGUGUGAGAAAGUUGGUGGCAACGCACUGAAGUAUGAGGUUUCAAGACUAUUAUAGUACAGUAAGAAAGAAACAAGUUAAUGUUAUACUGUUAAGCAGUCAUUAAAAAAAACAUGUUGAUGCUGUAAGAUAUAUUUCAGUAAACAUGUCUUCUUGCAGUUAUGUAAGUACUGAUUUUUUUUUUAUAUUUCUGGCAUUUUUCUCUGGUGCCUAUCUUGCAUUUACUGUUUUAUACAUGAUUAUGUAA